AUGGCCAAAGAGUUCUUUGGCGAGGAGAUUCUGGCCGAUAUCCAGGGCCAAUCAUCAUUCGUCCAGCGCCAAGAUUUGCCCAGCAGAGUGGCAUCAGAGUAUGUGAACGAGACGUGUUUCGCCAGCUACGCCAGGCCGGGCCUCGAGUUCCGCGAACGGUCACUGAUGAACAUCGCCAUGCUCAUUGCGCUCAACCGAUCAAACGAGCUGAGACUCCAUAUCCGGGCUGCGCUCUACAACGGGCUGUCUAGGGAGCAGAUUUGCGAGGCGUGUCGCCAUGCCAUGGUGUACUGCGGCGUUCCCGCGGGGAGGACCGCGCUGCUUGUUGCCAGUGACGUGUUCGCGGAGCUUGAUACUAAGAAACCAUCCUAG